AUGUUUGGUUCAAAGAUCCUCUUCCUCAUCGCGGCCACGUCCAACGUUGUCUUUGCUGCAUACGGCUGUGGCGAGGUCAAUGUCGUCUACACCGGUCUUCCUGGUAGACACAGGUAUGUGAAAGAGCAAGGUGGUGAUCCUGAUGUGACGGAGAAAAACAUUGAAGAUUACACGCGUGAGAUGCGUGAGGCAGGGUACAACGUUCGAGGUAUCUGGCGAGGUCCAGAGAUUGAAGGAUCUGAAUUCGCCGAAAAUGUGAAAGGUGUCGACUGGCAUGCGGCCGGCGUCGGAUUCGGAGUCCGCGGAUCGAACAUGACUGAACUCACUGGAUUGUUGGAAGAGAACCUUGCCGUCUAUCGUGAAGAAGCACCCGACGCCAAAUUUGUCUUCAACUACAACCCUCGCAGCUUUCUGUGGUCUGUCAAGCGAUAUUUCCCUAUCUCGACUGACUGCAAGGAUCAUCCCGGGAAGGACCUGGGAUUCAUCACUCUCUGCGACGAGGCCUGCAACUAA